GCUUGAUGACAGAGCACACUGCCGUAGAACCAUAAGAAUCAAAGGAGAACUCCUCUCCUGGGUGUGAUCUGUGUGUAAACUGCAGAUUAACUUUGCUGCUGUCAGCUGACUUGCCACUGUUUACAGCCUGGAGAGCAUUCAAUGGGAUUCGGUCCUGAAAGAAGUUGCUCAGUAGAGAAACAUGGGGAUCAAGUUCCGGGCCCUUCUGCUUGCUUCUGUUUUGGUUGCUUAUUAUAUUUACACUCCCAUUCCGGAGAAUGUGAAGGAGGAUCGCUGGAAGCUGAUGUUUCUUAGUGCUUUAUUUAGAAGUGUAGGACAUCUGGCUACAGUUGCUGAGAAGCUGGGUUUUGCCCACUACAUGGACGUUAUGAUGUUGAUUACACGUAUUGAUUACACACCACCAGUAUCCUAUGAAAAGGUCAUUGUGACAGACACCAAAUUUAAUGAUGUUCCAGUUCGCUUGUAUAUCCCUAAAGGGCAGCCUGACUCUUUGAAAAGAGCAAUGAUUUACCUUCAUGGGGGUGGAUGGUGUUUAGGAGGCAAAGGCAUGAAAACUUAUGACUUUCUGUCAAGAUGGACUUCAGAGAAGCUAAACGCUGUCGUCGUAUCAGUAGAUUACAGGCUGGCACCUAAGUAUCAUUUCCCAGUUCAGUUCGAAGACGUGUACGCAGUGGCCAAGUACUUCCUGCAAAACAGUGUUCUUGACCAAUACAACGUAGACUCAAGCAGAGUGUGUGUCUCGGGAGACAGUGCAGGAGGGAAUCUGGCUGCGGCUGUGGCACAGCAGCUUCUUCAUGACCCUGAAGUCAAAGUUAAACUUAAGAUACAAGUGUUAAUUUACCCUGCCCUUCAGACCCUUGAUAUGGAUCUGCCAUCCUACAGAGAUAAUGAAAACAAGCCAAUCUUGCCUAAGUCUUUAAUGGUGAGAUUCUGGAGCGAAUAUUUUACAAAUGACACAUCUCUAAAGGCAGCAAUGGAGACCAACCAACAUGUUCCUGUAGAGUGGAGUGGUUUGUUUAAGUUUGUAAACUGGAGUAACUGGCUUCCUGAAGAAUUUAAAAAGGGCCACAUUUACACCUCCCCAUCACAUGGAAGUUCCAAGGUUGGAAAGAAAUACCCAGGGCUUCUGGAUCCCAGAGCAGCACCACUGUUGGCUGACAACACCAAAUUGCAGGGUUUACCUCUCACAUAUGUGAUCACGUGUCAACACGAUGUCUUGCGAGAUGAUGGCAUUAUGUAUGUCUCACGACUUAGGGAAGCAGGAGUUCCAGUGGUACACAAACAUGUGGAGGAUGCUGUUCAUGGGGCUCUGACAUUUAUUAUGAGCCCAUUCAACUUAUCUGUGGGACAGAGGAUGGCAAAUAAUUACAUUGAGUGGCUAAAUGAGAACCUGUAAAGGAAACCAUAUCUACAGAAGGCUUUUGGCUCUGAUUUGGGUGAUUUAGGUUUUAUACUGUUUUCCAAUAAAAGAAAUGACCUUUUCUAGGAAUAAUGUUGAUAUCACAAUUGUUCGGAAAUUAUGGAAUAUUUUGCACCUUCUGUUUGGAAGAUUUUAAAAAACGCUUCAACAAUGUAUGGUUCAUUUCCUUUUUUCUAAAAAACAACAACAACAACCCUGAAAUCAGAGGAAUUAUACUUUCCAGUUAUUUGGGUGUAAAAUUGAUGAUAUAUAGUGCUACAGGUCAGAUUUUCCCCUUGGCAUGUGAUUUAGCGUGGCUGUACUAAGUGCCAUUUUGAAUAGUGGCUUACAGAAUGCUGUUCACUGUAACAGACAGCAGCUUUAUUUUGUCAAAUAACCAGCAAUGAAAGUGAUCUUAGUAUAGCACUUUUCAGGCAUUAUGCUUUUGGUGCUCCUAACUUGUGCACUGGGGGAGAGAGCUUCUGUAAUGGCUUUAGUCCAUGCAAUCUGAAACAUAGAUUUUCAAAGGUACGUGUUCUUGUAGACCAAUGCUGGAAAAUAUGUACAUUGUCCUCUUCACACAAUACAGUGAACAAGUGGAUCAAGAGGAUCACACAUAGCACACUCUCCUGGUAAACAAGGUAAGAGCAUGAAAAGUAUAAUAAUGGAAAAGGGCUUAAGUGUGUUCAUCUUUUCAAGAUGCCCUAUCCAUGGACUAUGCUGCUAACCAUUUUGCUGAAAGUCUUGUAGAUCAAGGAGAGUCCAUCCUUCAGUUCUUCCCCUCUGAUCCUUUUUGUGAUUCUUACAUGCAGCAGCAGCAGCAACAACAAAAUACUUUCUUAAGAGGCCUCUUAAAAAUAUUUUGACCUCUUAACAAUGAACUGGGACCAAUUCUGCAAAAGCAGAAUCUCCCAUUUCCCCCAGUUGUACUGCUCAAUUUCCCACUAUUUGCUG